AUGCCUGCUCCUCCUACGAAGAUUCCAUUCAUCACACUCGACGCCGACCUUGUGACGGAUUCUAUGGCCGCCAGGUUGUGCAUUAGCCUGGUUGGUCAUGUUCUGUUUCUGAAGAGUCAGGUUCCUUUUCCUGUUAUACAGAUGGCACGGAUGCCUGGUGGCGAUACAACGUCUAGAGCUGCGAAGAAGCGUCAGGAGCUUCUCAAUUCAUUUGAUACCCUCGCGUCACACCUCAAUACGACAUUUACAGCACUCUCUACGGCGUUUGCUUCCCACAGCGGGACGAAAGAUGCUCGAAGUUCUGGUCGUGCCUACCUUGCAGUUGUUCUCGGUUCUACACCUGGAUCUGCCAAAUGCAGGGUAAUGGUUGGUGUGGAUGCUCUGGAAGCAAAGGUCUGGGGAAAACGAGAUGAUUGCUUGAAUGUCCCAUCUGGACAUGAGGGUGAGGGAGCGGAGGAUGACAACGACAAAAGUGACAUUGAAGACGAGUCUGACUCGGACAAUGACAGUGAUGGCGAUGCUGCCUCACUCGAAUGCAAUGACGGCGAUAGCAGUGAUAGUUUGGGCGAUGAAGAAGCAAUUUCGGAAACGGAAACCGAAGGAUCUUCUCAAGCACCUUCCCCACCGCUAUCUAGGACACCUUCGCCCUCCUCUUCUCCCCCUCCUCCACCACCCCUACCACCUCCGACUUAUGCUCAAGAACUCGAAGCCCUCCGCGCCGCUGAACGCCUGCUCUCUCGCACACUAGCAAGCGCGUGCGGAGAAAAUGACGGACAGGGAAUGGCUAGCGAAAUGUCUCCGACUCAGACACACAUAGUGCUGCGUGCUCCGCGAAAAUUUAUGCACCCAGCGUGGGUGCCUAGGCAAACACUCAGCGGUGCUUUUGACGCGCUGCUAGAUCAGUUUCUUGAGGAAUCUGGGGAACGUCAAACGAGAGAUGAUGUUAAGAAAAGAAAGAAAGGUGGAAAAGUCGAAGGUGUAUGGAUUCGCAGCCGACAGCGAUUAACCGAAGAUUCCGAAAUAAUAUCGAGCCAAGAAAUUUCAGAGGAGGAUGAGAUGAUUUGGUGGACAUGGGACGGGAGGCUUGUUGGAUUUUCGGAUUGGUGA